ACACUAUGCUCCAGUUCUUGCUUGGAUUUACUCUUGGCAACGUGGUGGGAAUGUAUCUGGCUCAAAACUAUGACAUACCAAACCUGGCUAAAAAACUUGAAGAAAUUAAAAAAGACAUGGACGCUAAGAAGAAACCCCCUAGUUGCUGAAGCCAACUCCAACACUGCCUUCUGGAUAAACUGUCUACUGUUCUCCAGGGCCUCCUUUACCAAAAGGAGGUUCAGGGUCUGAACCAAAAGCUUUUGUUUUAAUCUCCAGCCUCAGCAGUUUUCGUUUUCGCUAGACCUUGCAUUGCCUUACAGCACAAAAGGGACCAGAAGUUAAGAAUGACCCUUAUUUCUCCAACAUCCUCACUUCUUCCCUUCCUCCUUCCAGCCUCUUGGGAGGUCCUGAGAAUGGAAUCAUGCUCCCCUCUCCUCACUCC